AUGAUCGGUGCCGCGAGGCGCUGGUUAAAGCGCAAUCGCAAAGGCCUUGCGAUCGGGGCUGGGGUGCUAGGUGCUGGCUACCUGGCUGGACAAUAUGUGUUAUCCAAGAUUUCUGAGACUCGAGAGCGUAUGAGCAGCGAUCGAAUUGCUCGGGAGAAUCUCCGACGGAGAUUCGAACAGAAUCAAACCGAUUGUACCUAUACCGUUAUUGCACUCCUGCCGACCGCCACAGAGAAUAUCGUUGAGGCUCUUCCUGUCGAGGAACUGACGAAGGAGCUCCAGAAGAAGCGGGCGGAGAGGCUGGCACGACUUAACGCGGGGGAAGCCACGGGUUCGGAUAUGAGUUCGGUCUCACCGAGUCUACUAGAGGAUGAUCGAAAGAGCCUUUCAAGUGAGAGCUUUGUGCACACUAGUCAGUUAGCUGAGUCCGUUGAUUCGGACGGUCAACCUCAGCCUCGUGUGAAACGGAAUAAGACACAACUAUGGAAUGAGGUUAAGAUCACCUCCAUUACCCGAUCUUUUACUAUGAUCUAUAUCCUGUCCCUUCUUACCAUUUUCACUCGUAUCCAAUUGAACCUCCUCGGCCGCCGUAACUACCUUUCCAGUGUUAUUUCACUGGCGAAUCCUCCUGCAGACUCUACAAUCAGCCUUGAAGACCACGAUGACGACCUCACACAAACACUUGGAGAUGAUAUUGCUACCAAUCGGCGCUAUCUUGCUUUUAGCUGGUGGUUGCUUCAUCGUGGAUGGAAGACAUUGAUGGAGCGUGUCCAACCCGCCGUGGAGGAGGCAUUUGGCUCUCUUAACCCUCGAGAGGAUAUUAGCAUGUCGAAACUGUCGGAGUUGACUCUUCAAAUCCGGAGAAAGGUCGAAGGAAACACAGAGGAAGAGCGACGGUCCAAGAAAUGGCUGUCUUGCUUACUUCCAUCAGUCGACGAGGAAGAAUACGUGCUUCGUGAAUCCGGCGUUGAAGGUGUCGCCGACCCGUCUUCCUCGGAGACGGCCUCUAAGUUGCGUCAUCUUUUGGAUGAAACAUCCGAUCUUAUUGAUUCGCCCUCUUUCUCAUUUGUUCUGACUCUCCUCCUCAACGAGGGAUUCUCCACAUUGGUUGAUAUCAAAUGUGCCAACGAGGCCUUCCAGGCGUCGGCGUCAGCCCCGGAGACAGCCCCACAGUCAUUUGACUCGAUGGCCACUGUUGUUCCUCCUGUUGUCUCGGAGCGUAAGACAAAGUUGGCCAACCUCCUGGCCGUCAUGGCUCGCCAGGCACACGUGAUCGGUCAUGGUCCAAUGGGACCUAACGAGUAUCUUGAAGCGAUGGACAAGAACGUCCGAGAGCUCGAGGCCUUUUCUGCUGUGAUCUAUAGCUCAAACUUCGAUCUCGAGCUACUUGGAGGUAGUCGUCAAGGUGCAAGCACAGGCUUCGAUUCGAUGGAUCCGAAUUCCUCGGCUACAUUCUCACAUGUGGUGGUCGACAGUGACACAGAGAGUGGUCGUGUUGAGGAUCUUGCUGAGAGCGCCCCGAUCCUGGUUGAGCCUGAGAAUCAAGUUGCCCAAGUGACUGAAAUCACCGAAGUUGCCGAACUGGCUGAAAGUACUGAGUUCACUGAAAGUGCUGAGUUUGCUGAAAGUACCGAGGUUGCUGAAGUGACUGAAGUGCCUACUGCUGAGCAGGAGACUCAGAUCUCAUCCCACGAGGUCGAGGCUUCUAGUGAGUCUGCCUUCGAGCGAGCCUGGGGCAAGGCCGUUGAUGAAGGGAUGACCGCGACGGAGAAGGCACCAGAGGAAGCAUCUUAG